AUGUCGAUGUUAUCAAAUUCUAAUAUAUUAAUUCUUAUUAUUAUGUCAAUUUUAUUUUUGUCAGUACAUGGUCAUAGAGAAAAAAAACAAGGUGAUGCUUUAUGUCCAAAUCUGAUUAGUGUACUCUGCGUUAAAAAUGUUCUUUUGGAUAUUUCAAAUGCGGCUGAUGAGAUCAAUAUUAUAGCUAAUAAGAUCGAACAAUAUAUUCUUGACCACGAACCAAAUUCAGAAGCUCUUAAAACAUACAUCGAUGAUAAAACGAAAUAUAUAAAAUCGAAUCUAUUGAGAUCAGAUUAUCAUGAUCGGUUUAUGAGUAUUCAAAAUAAUAUUAAUAAAACGGAUUUUAUUAAUUUAAUUCAAGAAGAACAUAAUGCUUUUAGUUAUUUGUAUAAUUCAAUACAUAAUAUUUUAAAAAUAAGAAAUAUUUUUGGUACAUCAGUUGAUGAUUCAUUUAAAACAAUUUUAAAUAAUUUACAAAAGAAUAUUUUAUGUAAAUAUCGUAGUAUUUUACAUGUUUAUUCUGAUUCAUGGUCACGAAUAGAUGAAAUUAAUGGUAUUGAAAUAUUAAGAAUGCGAAAACGAAAUGCUCCAUCAUUUUUUCAUAAUGCUUACUCAAUGAUAGUUGUUCAAUUAUUACAAGAAUGGAUAAAAAAUGUCAAUAAUAUUGUUGUCAAUAUAGAUAGCAAAUAUCUUCGUUGA